AAAUUACACGUCCCCAAGUCGUUCAACCCAACUCCCACCCAUGACCCAACUAAUACGGUAAAUUUUUCCCUCUCCUCCCACAUAUAUACAUACACACACACAUAUAUAUAUAUAUACACCAUAAUCCAUCAAUAUUCUCAAAACCCAUCUAUCUCUUCUCCAUAUCUCUCUCUCUCUUUCCCUCUAGGCUCUAAUAUGGCUUUCUCUGGUAAACCCAAGAAGUCCAUGAAAUUAUCAUUAGUCAUAGCUGAUGCAGCUUCAUGGUACUGUGCUGUUGUUCUGAUAGCCCUCAUCUUGUUGGCGUCUGUCAAAGAGAAUAAUUCUACGGGAGAUGUUCAUGAUUGUGAUGACGAACCGGUGGUGGUGACGAGAGGAGGCCAGUUCUUGGACCGGCCCUGCGACGAGAUUUACGUCGUCGGAGAAGGUGAAACCCUAAACACCAUCAGUGACAAGUGCGGCGACCCCUAUAUAGUUGAGCAGAAUCCACAUAUUCACGACCCCGAUGAUGUCUUCCCUGGGCUUGUCAUCAAGAUCACUCCCUCAAAGCCUAGGAACACAUGAAGGUAGUUGUGUGUGUGUGUGAGAGAGAGAGAUACAUACAAAAAGAUCUUUGUUAUACUUUUUAUCAUAUAUAUAUGUAUAUUUUUUGGGUAUGUAAAAGAAAAGGAGAUGAAUAUAAUAGUGAUUUUGGUUUUAUACGGAUCGAAAAUAUAUAUAUAUAUAUAAAUUUUUAGUUGGAUUUUGGAUUUUCAUAUGCAGUUAUUUUUUAUUUUUCAUUUCUUUUGUAUGUAUGGGUAUGUGUGUAUAUAAGUUGUGGGUAUGUAAUAUGGAAAUGGGAACAUAGUACUAGAUUUACUCAA